CACCAAAGCAACAGAGAACCCGUUCUCGAUUCAAGGUGAUAACUCCAUUUCGAUCACUGGUUCUCUGUGGCGAAACUAGACAAGAAAUGGAAGAUUGGCUGAAUGCAUUAAGGACAAUGACAGAGAAUCGUGUUCAGGCAGAUUCGGGAAUUGCAGAAAUGCUCAGUGGUAAUCAUCAGUGGUAUGCAACAAGUCAUGCAAGACCAACAUAUUGUAAUGUUUGCAGAGAUACUCUUUAUGGUGUCACUUCUCAUGGAUUAAGUUGUGAAAUAUGUAAAUAUAAAGUUCACAAACAGUGUAGCAUAAAAGCAAUAAAUAAUUGCAAGUGGACUACAUUAGCGUCUAUUGGCAAGGACAUUAUUGAGGACCAAGAUGGGAACAUUAUUAUGCCGCAUCAGUGGAUGGAAGGCAAUUUGCCAGUAUCCUCAAAAUGUUCAGUGUGUGAAAAAACAUGUGGCUCUGUGCUUAGACUUCAAGACUGGAGAUGUUUAUGGUGUAGAGCUACAGUACACACAGCAUGCAGACCUGCCAUAAGCGUUAAGUGUCUAUUAGGACCAGCUAAAUUGAGUGUAGUUCCUCCUACAGCGUUGCAUAGUAUAGUACAUUCAACAGGUAGUGACGAAGCUUGGGAAGCUAUUAGACCUAUCGGAUGCAGUCCACUUUUAGUAUUUGUAAAUAGUAAAUCUGGAGACAAUCAAGGUGUUAAAUUUCUUAGAAGAUUUAAACAAUUAUUAAAUCCUGCACAAGUAUUCGAUCUUAUAAAAGGAGGACCAGGACCAGGGUUGAGAUUAUUUCGUCAUUUCGACCCAUUUCGAAUUUUGGUGUGCAGUGGCGAUGGAUCCGUUGGUUGGGUUCUUUCUGAGAUUGAUCGUUUGGGGAUGCAUACUAAGCAGUGCCAAGUCGGAGUUCUGCCUUUGGGAACAGGAAAUGAUCUGGCACGUGUAUUGGGUUGGGGGUCAUCUUGCGACGAUGAUACUCAUUUACCCCAGUUGUUAGAAAAAUAUGAAAAAGCUGGCACAAAGAUGCUUGACCGAUGGAGUAUUAUGACUUUCGAACGUAGCAUAUCUUUGCCAUGUCAUAAAACGGCUUUAAGUCGAUCCGAUACAUCCUUAAAAUCCAACAUUGUCCAUCAAUACGAGAACAAUGUUAUUACUCACGUAACAAACAUUUUACAAUCAGAUCAGGACAAUGUAGUUUUAUCUAGCAUUAAAAUUUUAUGUGACACGGUAAAAGAUUUUGCAUCACAUAUAAUAGAAAAUAUAGAUUCAGAGGACCAACAGAUAGAAGAGAAGUGCAAAGUACUUCAACACAAGCUCGAUUUGUUCUUGCAAACAUUGUGUAAAGAGGAAGGAUACUUAGCCGAACAUCCAAUGGGUGCAGAUAAUUAUGCUCUAAAUACCGAUGUAUCUGUUUCACCCGAGACUUAUGAGAAAGGUGUAUUAGAAAAGCCAGAAAAAGACAUGACGAAUUUAAAGAAGGUUCUUCGAAGGCGACGUCUUAUGGAACGAGAGAUUGUAAUGUCAAGAGCAAAUAGUUUAAAAAGAAUUAUACGACAUCUUGUAGAAUAUACACAGUUGACUAUAGACGAUCAGAUUAAUAUACACGCGACGCAUGUUUCGAAAACAGCAGAUAUAACUGUUUCGCCCGGCGAUACUGCAAUGUUAAAUUCUGUAUCAAACUGUGUCGUAGGUAAAAAGCACCAAAUGGAUAUUCCUGGUUUAAAACUGGAACAUUCUGAAAUAUCGUCUACAGGUCCAUUAAUAGAAUCUUUAAAGAGUACAGAAGAUUCGACGUGUACUCUUACUUCAACUCCUAACGUGGCGUCUUUGAGUCCAAUGCCUGAUCUUAGAAGAGAUUCUCAACCCGAGGAGUUAUUGACAUUGCCGGCACCGGACGGUUUUGCUGACAGUAGAAGAAACAGUGAAAAUUUACCUCAAGACUCAUUUAAUUUUCACGAGUUGACAGCUCAGUCUAUAUCUGCGUAUACUCAGCAAGAAUCAGAUGUUCAUAUGUUUAAUGAUCAGCACGAGUCGAACAACAUGGAACUUUCGUCGGACUUUCAAAUAAGCGUUACAAGAACUAAUUUUGAUACAAGUUCGCCUUCGGAUGACGCUACUAUGCAAGACACUAUUAUCUCUCCCGAUACAGAUUCGAUUCAUUCGAGACACGUGUCGCUGGAACACGAUCAAAAAUUUGAAAACAGAAGUAAAAUGGAUACAACUAGAGGUAGUUGUAGUAAUAGUAUUGUUAGUACGGACAGCAUAAUCUCUGAUACCUUGGAUUUAAAGAGUUACGUAAUACGGAAUAGUGAGAGUGAAAUUGGUAAGUAUAUAAGUAGUGAUAUAUUCGAUUCUACAAAGAGAUCCGACAGUUCUGAAAUCGGGCACAUCGAUUCCCCUGAUAAUUCGGACAUGUUUACCAGUGAAGUACAAAACUCUGAAAGUUUAAUUGAUGAUCUAAGUUCACUCGGGCAAGAUUUAAUCAGUACAAUGAUAGGGGAGAAAUAUGAUUCUGUAAGGGAAUGUUUGGAAUCUGAGCACACGGAGAAACCACAAAAGUAUUGCAGUUUAGCUCAAUUCGAAGAAGGCAACGAUAUUGCUAGGAGAUCAUUUAAGAAACAAACAAAGGCUUUCACAGUUGCAGAAAAAGAGAAUAUUAAAAGCAAACAUAAAUUAGGGUCAUUCGAUCAAAAUGCAACCGAGGGCAUCAAAUCGAAAGACAGUCACGAUGGCAAAGCGUCUGAUCUAUUGAGUCCCGUUUGUUGCUUUACUGUUUCUUCAGACACUACUCCAACGAAUGAGAAACCUAAUAAUUUUCCACCCACGAUAAGCGUUAUAAUUAAUCCUCCGAGUCCGUCAAUGUCUAUUGAAAGUCAACAUGAUUCCGACACGGGAUACAAAACAAGCCCAUACCUAAGGCGACAUAACGGUGAAAGUAUGGAAAAACUGAGCGUAGAGCUGCCAGAAUCCGGUUUCUCACCUCAAGCAACCCGUCGAAUUAGCAGUGGCAGCUUAUUAAAAGCAUCGGAAGUUGUCUCUUUAGCUGCUACAGCUGCACGACUUGGCGGUUCGAAUGCAAGUUUACGUCACGAAAGAAUGAAGUCUGUCGACCGAACCGAAGACGCGAAAAAACUUCCAAUUAUUAAUCCGUUAGUACAAUUGUCUAUGUGGCCGAACGUCAGCGGAGGAACAGGACUCAUUAGUCAGGCAUUACUUGCAAACGCAGACGCACUUUGUGCUGCAGUGUCGCCAUUAAUGGAUCCGGAUGAAACUUUAAUGGAGGGUUAUUUCGAACGUUGCGUCAUGAAUAACUAUUUUGGAAUCGGCAUAGAUGCAAAAAUUAGUCUUGAUUUUCAUCAUAAAAGAGAAGAACAUCCAGAGAAGUGUCGCUCACGAGCAAAAAAUUACAUGUGGUACGGUGUAUUGGGAUCUAAACAGUGGUUACAGAAAACAUACAAAAAUCUUGAGCAAAGAGUGCAAUUGGAAUGUGACGGUCAACGGAUACCAUUGCCUUCUCUACAAGGAAUUGUUGUAUUAAACAUUCCAAGUUUCAUGGGCGGCACAAAUUUUUGGGGUGGAACGAAAGAAGGAGACCUGUUUUUAGCGCCCUCGUUCGAUGACCGCAUAUUAGAAGUGGUAGCUGUAUUUGGUUCGGUUCAAAUGGCCGCGUCGCGGCUGAUUAAUUUACAACAUCAUAGGAUCGCACAAUGUCAAACGGUUCAAAUCAACAUUUUGGGUGACGAAGGAGUGCCUAUACAAGUUGACGGUGAAGCUUGGAUACAACCACCUGGAAUUAUACGUAUUAUACACAAGAAUCGUAUGCAAAUGCUUUACAGAAAUAGGGCACUUGAAUCGUCUUUAAAAACGUGGGAGGAAAAACAGCGCAGUACACUCAGUGCAAUAUCCCAUUCAACAUCCACGUUGAACAGUACACAAUCACAAUCUAAAUCUAAUUUAUCGAUACACAGUAAACCAUCACAUUUAAAUGACGAAGAAAUGUAUAUUUUGCUGGGAUUCAUUGAAGUGGUCACAACUUUAGUCAAAUGGGUGAAACUGCUCAUAAUAUCGCAUCCGAGUUUGGAGCCAGAUUUGUAUCAAGUUGCAGCACGGACAGCUCAGGCACUCGAACAAGUACAUCCAGGCGGAAAAAUUUUACAUGGAACUAAUUUGAGACCAGUUGUAACAGAGUUAGUUUCAAGCGCAAGACAACUUUACGAAGACUCGUGUGAAUUACUUAGAGAUAAAGCACACAAUUUAAGACUGCGAGAAGAUUUAGAGAAUAAGUUAUCUUUCUCCUUGGCGAAUAUGGAACAAGAAUUGAAAAAGUGUACAUUCGAUGAAGCAGCUACAGGAUUAGUGUAUUUACAAAGUUUACCAUCGGACGAACAGGGAGAUAAAAAGAAUCGUCACAGAGGUUUAUUCUGGUUGAAAUUUCGGCGUUCAGGGGGUAAUUCUGGGGCCCAUCCUGCUCGAGAUCAAGUGACUACGUGGGGUGUUCAGGAAGUGUGCUCUUGGUUAGAGAACCUUCAGUUGGGUGAAUAUACUGACAAAUUCGUUUCCCACGACAUACGAGGUAGGGAAUUGUUAACACUAGCCCGUCGAGAUCUCAAGGAACUUGGUAUUACUAAAGUAGGGCAUGUUAAACGAAUCUUACAAGCGAUCAAUGAUCUGAAUAAUUAGGUAUACGAUACUCACUUGGAACCUUUCGAGUUAUAAAAAUACAAUCAAUACGUAGUGUGUUACAACGGUUAAUGAAUAUCUAAGAAUACAAAUUUAUGUUAAUACUGUUGAAAUUAGGACUUACUGCUGUUGAAGGUAGUAUACGGAUCAUUUAACGAACAAAAAGUCAGAUACAGUGCAAUGAAAAACUUUAUAUAAUGAUAAAAGUUAUAACGUAGUUUCUGAUUUAAAUUAAAAAAAUGGCACUUAACGAGAUACGGCAGUGUUAUUGAGAAAUUGAAUUUUAUACUGCUGUACGUGAAAAAUUGAUGUUACGGUGUGCCAAAAACAUGGACCUGACUCUUUAGCAGAAACUAAAUAAU